AUGGUUAUGAAAGAUUCCAAGUGCUCCAAACCCCUUUCGGCAGAUAACUCACACCUUAGGUCAUUGCUGCUUUUUGCAAAAUCCAAUACCGGUGUAGGAGUUGGAACAAUUGGUAGAGUGAGUAGGCAACGAACUUUGGACCUUGCCUGUGUAUGCGAGAAGUUCAAAUUGUUAAGGGUCUUGGAUAUUAUUGGAAUUAAAACCUCCAGUAGUACCAUUCCAAUCGAAAUAGGCAGCUUAAUUCACUUGAGGUAUCUAAGGGUAAGAUCAACUAACAUACGAGAACUCCCUAAGUCCAUUGGGAAAUUGGACAAGUUAUUGACCUUAGAUUAUUGGGAUGUUUCUGCUCAUAAUAAUGAAAUUAAAGUACCUAAUGUCUUGUGGAAGUUGGAGCGUCUUCGACAUCUUUUCCUUCCGGGUGAUUUGACGAGUAACACAAUGGAGGAUUUGAAGUUGGAUAGUCUCAAGGAUUUACAAACUUUAUGGGGUGUAAAAGGAGGAAAUUGGAUGCUAAAAGAAAUGGAAAAAUUGAGCUCAACUCUUACGAAGCUAUGCAUACAAGGGAUAUCAAGUCUUGAACAAUUAGAGGCGGUAUUCAACAGCCCCGUGAUCAAGACAAAUGAUAAUCUCUAUGCCUUAGCUUUGGAUUGGUAUGGGCUGUAUAGCUUCUCGUUAGUGCCGUGUCUAGACAUGUUGUCUUCAAAAGAUAAACUGAAAAAGCUAAAGUUGAUGGGAAGAGCACCAGAUAAGUCGAUACCACUUAAGUUUCCCUCUAGCCUUAGAAAAUUAGAACUCCACUUCACUCAACUUGAGAAGCAGGGUACUAUGGAUGCUUUAGGGAAGCUUCCUAACUUGCAAUUCCUAGGAUUAGCAAAGGACUCAUACUUGGGGAAUGAAUGGAUUUGUCGGGAAAACGCAUUUCCAAAACUUGAGGAGUUGAAAUUAUCAAAUUUGCCCAAGUUAAAGAUAUGGGAGAUGAAAAUGGGGACAAUGUCAUGUCUCAAAAAGCUGUCAAUUACCUCUUGUGCAAGUCUAGAAAGAUUGCCAAAGGAGUUGAAGUCUACAAGUACCCUUGAAAUCUUGGAGAUUGCACGCAUGCCAACUGAUUUCAACAGCAGAUUGAGAAAGGUUAAAGCAUGGGAUAAAACAAGUGUAGGAGGGGAAGACUUCCACAUUGUUCAGCACAUACCUAACAUUGGAAUUCGAGAUUCAUGUACACCAUUGUUGUUCUAAGAUAUAGCUCAGCAAGGAAUAGAGAGCAGAUACGGUGGCGUUUACGAGAGCAUUAUGAAACAACAGGGUUUAGGGACUUCCAGAGGAAUCUCCAGUAUAUGUUAUCCAUUAAAAUAGUGAGCCCAAGUUGGUUACUUCCAUGGAUAACUUGUUUAGACCAUACUUUGUCUCUAAACUCAGUUACAGAUCACAGACAUGAAAAAGGAUAAUAUCCUCUCCACACUCGGCCACCAGUCUCCCUUUAACUAUUCCAACCCGUUUGGUAGGCGGUAAUAACGUUGUAAUGGUAAUGAACUGUUGUGUAAUUUUGCAAGGAAAAUUCUUGACAAUAUUCAUGGUAAUGCUUCUCCAUCUCUAAUUAUGAAAUAUUCUUCAUAAAUAUUCUUAACCUCCAUUAACCAUAAGUGGUACAAAAUUGGUGGUAAUGGAUAUUUAUGAAAAAUAAAAUACUUAUAUUUCAUAUUAGAGUUGCAAAACCAUGUAUAUGGACAUUUAAAUUUCCUGACAGAAGUACACGCAAUUUCAUCACCAUUACCACCAUUACUAUUGUUUAACAAACGGACUAUUAGCUUCAUUAAAUCACGAGAUGUCAUUCGAUCCGUCCUUAAGAAUCGGAUUUUUUGGAAUUUCUGAGGGUAAAUUUUGGGAAAAAACAACAUGAGAGAGAUGGAACUAAUAGUACUCCUGGGUCAUGAUUGAAGUAACUAGAUGAUGGAGCACUUAGCCACUUACUGAAGAAAGGGAUUCAACCAUUGAGGGGUGUUUUGAGAAAAUCUUCAUGCGGCCAUUCAACCAUUGAAAAAAAUUGACAAAGAUUUCAGCAUGGUUGGCUCAUUCACCUUAUCGUUAAUUAAUUUUGAUUUGGAACAUCUUAAUCUUGUACAUAGUCCAACACUAUCUUUCCUAAAUGAAUCCUAUUAUUUUAAUUUUAUUUGUGUAGUACUCACCUUGAUUUGUAAGAUGUGUGACGUCCGUCGAGCUUGUGAUUAAUAAAGAUGAAAGUUUUGGUUA